AUGGGUCAUCAGCAAAGUUCUAUGAACCCAUCGCGGUCCGACCCGCAUGGUGAUAGGCAUCGACAUCAGGACGGCAGUACGAGUGGUCCAACAUCUACAUCCGAUCAAGAUCUAUAUGCUUCCCGUACUGGCAGAGGCAGCAGACGCAAUUUAGUAGCAUCUUUGGUGUCCGGCGGAUCAAGUAAUGAUGUGCCGGAGAGGAAGGAAACAAGGGCCGAGGCGAAAGCUAGGAAAUUGGAAAGGGAGAGGAUUGCAAGGAUAGAAGAGCGAGGGAGAAGCAUCAAGGAAGAACAUGUCGAUACUGGAUUUUUAGUCACAAUGGGCGUCUACACUGGACCAGAAGAUUUCAAUAAGGUGUUAGUAAGACAGUUGAUGAUUGAGCGACGAAUUGCACCUUUUUGGAGAGGCCUAGAUGAUUAUCAAAAGGAUUGGACAGAACAUCAGUUGGUUGCUGCUGCACGAGGCCUUCCAAUUCCCGCCGCGGAUGAAGUUCCCGCCGAAAACAUCUCCAGGCCUCAUUCUUCCGAUUCCCCGAAUGCGUCAAGUUCGAAUCUACAAAAUUUGAUGAUGCCACUAGCUUUACGAACCCAAUCCGCUUCCUAUGACACUUCGGUUGGCCUUUCCUCGUCACACCCGGCUUUCAAUACAUCGUCUCCAGCAUCGCCCCUUAAUGCUCCUGCGACUUCCACCUCUCUGCUUCGAUCUAGAGCUAAAACGUUAGGUUUGAAAUCUGCAUCGAAAGAAUCCUCGGCACCUGACGUCACACGGCGCGAGAUCCAAUUACCCAGAGAUCCCAAAGUAAAUGGUCAGGCUAUUGAGGCUUUCCUGUAUAAGGAUUCAAUAGAAUGCGCGAUAUGCUUGACUUGGUAUCCUUCAUAUGUCAAUAGGACUCGAUGUUGCGACCAAAAUAUUUGCUCGGAGUGCUUUGUACAAAUUAAGAGACCAGACCCACAUAUACCUGAACAUCACGGUCCACCACAAUCCGCCCCUGAAGCUCCCGAGACUGUUGUUGAAGAUACAGAAAUGCUGGUUUCAGAACCAGCCUGUUGUCCUUAUUGUUUACGACCUGAAUUUGGCGUCACAUACGAGCCUCCGCCUUUCCGUCGUGGUCUUGUUUAUGCAAAGCCCUCCCCGGAAAUUGCCAACUUCUCUUCGGCCAUGUCAUCAUCAUCGUCAAUCAAAACACCGCUUGUAAAAAGUCCGGGACUCGCACCAAGAGUAGACAGACGCCGGGCUAUUUCAUUGUCGGCGGACGAUUCUCGUGUCAUUACGACAGAUCGUAUCAGGCCAGACUGGUCAACAAAACUUGAGGCUGCCAACCUUACAAAGGCUAAAAGGUCCGCUGCCGCUUCGGCGUUGCAUGCAGCCGCCUAUGUGCUUCCUGGAACCUCAGAAAGCCGCAUGUAUGGUUUCAGUCGAGGUCGUUUUGGUAGAAAUCGUAGCGAUAACAGUCCUGAAGCUAGCGGCACUGCAACACCUCCAAAUCGUGAUGCCAGUUCGAGGACCGUCGCUGAGCAGGUUGGUCAUAUACGUAGGGAAGGUCAAGACCCCAAUGUUGCUCGAAGACAAAGAAGGGAUGAUCUGGAAGACUUGAUGAUGGCCGAGGCCAUUAGACUUAGUAUUGCGGCUGAAGAGGAGCGGAAGAAGAAGGCCGACAGAGAAACUGCCAAGGAGGUUGCAAAGCAGUCGAGGAAACAGGCCAAGGAAGACAAAAAGAAAGAGAAGAAAGAAAGAAAAUCAAUAUACGGUGCUAGCGGAAGUUCGGCCAGCUCGAGUGUGUUGAACUUAGGCAGCAACCUAGCUGCCACUCUUACUGGGAGAAAAAGAUCUGGUAGCACCGCAAGUCAUUUGGCUACAGAAGUGACUCCCGAAGAAGUUGAGGAACCUGUACAGGGAAAAGGGAAAGGGAAAGGUGUAGAUCGAUCUUCUUUGGGAAAUCAAGGGAGUGCCACGGAUGCUAGGCUCCCUGGUGCUCAGCAUUCGGAUCCUUCCACGAGUUCUAGCUUAUUAGAUACCCAUCAAUCUAUUCCUUCACCUACCGCUCCCGACAAGCCUUCUCAUCUACGACAAAUGAGUACCGCGUCUAGUGCUUCAUCUUCGUUACUUGAGUCUGGCAAUGGUACCAACGUCCAAGGCUCCUCUGCAAGCAUCGAAAGCCCUGGUGCUACUGCGACAAGUUGUGAGGGCAACGAUUAUGACGAUGCAGGAACGGAGCCUAUGUUCAACUUUCACAGUCUCACGGCCAGGAUUGAAAAUGAGGACGAUAAUGAGAAAAGGCUUAGUGCAGUUCAUGUUGAGAAUGUAUAUGAAAAUUCAGGUUCCAGACAUGGAAGCAAGGAUGAAAACGCCUCGACAGAUAUGGAUGUGAGCACCGCAACUAUACGAGCUGCAGAUACUGUCUCGCGAAUCCAAGUUGUACAUCACGACCGCCCUAUUCCGACUAGGCUCCAGAUGCCAGAUACGAACAUCAAUACCAACAUCAUUACACCUGAGCUCAUGAUUACACCAGAUACCCCAGCGAUCAUGAACCCAUCAGAUGAAGAUGGAAAACAAUUAGGAUCAAGUUUUGAAAGCAAAGCCAAUACCGCGAUAACCCACUAA